ACAUUAGUGCGCACUCGAGUUCGCCACACACACCGGGAGCGAGACACGCGGCAGAGCUCUCGAACACACUGCGGUCUGAGCGCGCGCGCAGCCGGAUCAUUCAAAAUUUCAAAAUUCGAAUGUAACAACAGCGGCGAGAUGCGACAUUAUAUCCGUCUGUCGGCGCUUUGAACAACGCGCAUCACGCAGGAUGGAGAGGACAUUUUGCUGAACUUAAAGCAGUUUUUUUUUCUUUGCUUCAGACAUGGAAAGCUGACAGCUGAACGUGUGCAAGCGGAAGUACAACGACAGACAGGAGCAAUUAGAUCUACACACUGGGCGACAAUUUUAGACCAUACCCACUGUCCUCAGUCAUGGCUGCUUACGGACAGACACAGUACAGCCCUGCGUUACAGCCGGCCGGACCGUACACACCGUACACACAUCACACACAGGGCUACAGCAUGACGCCCUACAAUAUUAAAACAGAAGAUGGUUUGAGUCAUUCACCAGGACAGAGCAGUCUGCUGGGAUACACGUCCAACUUCAGUGGCUCUCCACCCGCUCAGACGCUCUACAGUUACUCCACACACGGCGGCAACAUUUCUUCUGGAAUUUUCCAGGGUGCAAACAGCAUCACAGGCUCAACGCCAUUCAGUCCUGCACAGCAGGACUUCUCAGCGUAUUCUAGCUACAGCCAAAGUCAAUAUUCACCAUACUACAACACACACUACAACAGCCCGUACAUCACAACCAGCAAUAUCACACCCUCAGCGAUGAGCGCGGCGAUAGCCUAUCAGCACACAGAUCAUCCCGCUGUAUCGACCAAUCACAGCCCGGAAUUACACACAGCAGAGUACCACACUCCCACGAGUCCUCUGACUCCAGGGAAGGAGCAGGAAGGCGUUCCAGCGAGACGCAGCUCAGAUGGGAAGCUGAGAGGCAGGAAGCGUGCCAAUGACCCCGUCCCCCCUCUGGACUCUGACAUUGAGAGGGUGUUUAUCUGGGACCUGGAUGAGACCAUCAUCAUUUUCCACUCGCUCCUGACGGGGACUUUUUCCACACGUUUCGGCAAGGACUCUGGCAAGGCUGUUUCUCUGGGCUUGUGGAUGGAGGAGAUGAUCUUCAACCUGGCAGAUUCACGUCUGUUUUUCAACGACCUGGAGGAAUGUGACCAAGUUCACAUCGAUGAUGUGGCUUCGGAUGACAAUGGACAGGAUUUGAGCACGUAUAACUUUGGCACGGAUGGCUUCCAGAGCCCAGCAGGUGGAGGCACGCUCUGCCUGGGCUCAGGUGUUCACGGCGGGGUCGACUGGAUGAGGAAACUCGCCUUCCGCUACCGCCGAGUCAAAGAGAUCUACAACACCUACAAGAACAAUGUAGGAGGUUUGUUGUGCAGUCCGAAGCGGGAAGAGUGGCUUCAGCUGCGGCGGGAGAUGGAGGUUUUGACGGAUCUGUGGCUGACGCAGGCACUGAAGGCCCUCGCUCUCAUCAACUCCAGACCGAACUGUGUGAACGUGUUGGUCACCACCACGCAGCUGAUUCCAGCGCUCUCUAAAGUACUUCUCUACGGUCUUGGAGGAGCUUUUCCCAUCGAGAACAUCUACAGCGCCACCAAAACAGGUAAAGAAAGCUGCUUUGAGCGCGUGACUCAGAGGUUCGGUCGGAGAGCCGUGUAUGUGGUUGUAGGAGAUGGAGUCGAGGAGGAGACGGUCGCCAAGAAGAAGAACAUGCCGUUCUGGAGAGUGACGUGUCGGGCGGAUCUGGAGGCCUUGAGUCAUGCACUUGAGCUGGAUUACCUCUAGAGGGCAGCAACUGCUCGUCUGCCGAGAACUGCAGGACCAAUCAGCAGGGAGCACCAAUCUUACUGGAAAAUAUUGCUUCAAAUCAAUCCAAGAAAAAUGCUUUUUUUCCACUCUUUCUCGCUCUCCACCUGAGAGACUCAGCUCUUUCAUCCACUCUCUUUUCUUUACAACAUCGCAGCACUGAAAACAGACCCAUCUAUGUUCGGAUAACAUCCUAUCACACUACUCAUACCAUUUCUGCAGUUCACAACAUAUAUACUGUGCACAGUUUGUGUUUUUUCUGUUUGUGCAGAAACCCAGAUGACAAUGGAACACAAUGCAUGGAUAUCCCAGAAUGCAAUGCACUUGAGUUUUUACAUCUCAUCUCUUUGGACUGCCAAAAAAUGAAAACAGUUCCCACCAAAAGUGGAUUAAAAAUGCAAAAUAACUAUUUUUAUUUCUGAGAUGAUAAUUAGAGGUCAUGUGACAUUAAUUCAGCAAACUACUGUUUGAUAUGUUUAUCAUAAUGUCUACUAUUUUUAUAUUAAGCAGUAUGCAGUGUAAACUGUGCAGUAGGCUGUAAUGUUUGUUAAUAUUUCUUUCUGAACAUAGCCGUUCUGAAACAACCCAUUUUACAGAUUAAAAAAGAGAUUUACAUUUCGUUAAGCAUGAAAUCAUAUGCAUUUUCAUGAAAAAAAUUAAUUCUUGCAAUAUCCUAUUAAAUUGAGUGAAUAUUGCACUAUACAUAAAAUUAACCAUUACAUAAAUGUUAACUGAAUUAAAAUAAAUUUAGACCAAAUUAAGAUAUGUGCUAUUAGAAAAACAGAGUACAGAGUUCUGCAAAUCCACUUGUUUGAAUAGAAAACCCAUGAAAAUAACCAUGCAAUUUACCAAAGUAUUGUGGCAAAUGUUACUGCUACUGGUACUAAAAGAAAAGACAUGAUCAACUUCUGAAUGUCAGUGUGUUGUGAGUCUCUGACUUGUUUUCUUCCUGCGUCUCUGACGUGUGCCUGGAUCUUCAUGUGGUUUGUUACUGUGCUGAAGUUGAUGUACUGUAUACUGUAUGUGCCGCUCUGAUCUGCAUGUGCUCUUCACCACUGCUUCUGUUCGCUAUGAUUUGUAUAUAAGGUUUUAUUGUUGAUUAUUUCUGGGCUAAUUAUAAUAGAAUAAAGAUAAAUUAAUUUCA